UUAUUAUAUGUAUGUACAUGUUUCCUUCUUUUCGUAUGUCUUUCAACCAUCAUCUCGGUUUGUAAAUAUCAUACACACGCAUUACAUGAACACUUGCAUAAAAAAUAUAUAUAUAUACACGCGCACACACGCACAUACAAUACAUACACUCAUAUACACACACGCAUACACGCACGCACACACACACAUACACCACACAUACGCACACACACACGCGCACAAUAUAUAUAUAUAUAUAUAACAGGAUUUAUCAACCUUACAGCUUAUGCGAGUAUAUUGUUAUUGUUAUCACCGGAGGAAGUUGGCAUA